AUGUCGCAAUCGCAAUUCAAAUUCGCCAACUCGAAUGCUAAAGUACCAGGCGACGGUACCCCACCCCCAGAAUUCAUCAUCAAUGCCCCAGCUUCGACCGACGUUUGGGCCAAGCCCCCAUCCACAACUCGUUUCUCAGCCCCAAUCCUGUACAAAUCAAUGCCACUGAAGUCAUUCAAGCGGGCCCGCGUGGCCUUCAACGCUCUCUGGGAAAAGACAUACGACCAAGGUGGUCUGAUCAUUGUCCUCAACUACGCCGAUGGUAACCAAAAGUGGGUGAAGAGCGGCAUUGAGCUUACCCAUGGACGACCCCACCUCAGUGCGGUGGCCAAAGACAACUGGGCUGAUUGGAGUCUGCUUCCGGUCCCCUCGGGCGGGAGUGCAGCGACUCUGGAGAUGGUCCGAGAGGAGGACAAUAGUCUGUGGAUCUACCUGGUCGAGGGUGUGCAGAAGUCGCCCAUCCGUGAGGUCACUUGGGUCUUUAACGAAGAUGUAAAGGACAUCUGGGUUGGAGUAUAUGCCGCUCGACCUUCGAGUGAGGGUGGUGAGCUGCCAGUCAACUUUGGUCAUUUGAUUAUCGACCAGGCUUAG